CUCGCGGCACAGAACGUACGAAGCUUGGCUCAGCACUUGCAUUUGCACUUGGGGAGCAAUGUGAGCCCCUGACAGUCGAGAGCGGCAUCAAGAGGGGCGGCGUGCUCCUGCCCCGCCCCGGGUGUCUGGACAGACCCAGCCUGUCUUCCCAGACACGAGCCCGACUCCUAAGAUGGCCGCGACGCCUUCCGGCUCCUCCCCUGCGGCCGGCCCCGCCCAACGCGAGCCGUGGCCCGGAAGUGGAAGUAGUAACUGAGGUCAGAGGGCGGUGCUGCUGCUUAGAGACGGCGGGAGCCUUUUCGCCAUGGCUGCCGGGCCGAUCUCCGAACGAAAUCAGGAUGCCACGGUGUACGUGGGAGGUCUGGACGAGAAAGUAAGUGAGCCGCUGCUGUGGGAGCUCUUUCUCCAGGCUGGGCCAGUGGUCAACACCCACAUGCCAAAGGAUAGAGUCACUGGCCAGCACCAAGGCUAUGGCUUUGUUGAAUUCUUGAGCGAGGAAGAUGCUGACUAUGCCAUUAAGAUUAUGAACAUGAUCAAACUCUAUGGGAAGCCGAUACGGGUGAACAAGGCUUCAGCUCACAACAAAAACCUGGAUGUAGGAGCCAACAUUUUCAUCGGGAACCUGGACCCAGAAAUCGAUGAGAAGCUGCUUUAUGAUACUUUCAGCGCCUUUGGGGUCAUCUUACAAACCCCCAAGAUUAUGCGGGACCCCGACACAGGCAACUCCAAGGGUUAUGCCUUCAUUAAUUUUGCUUCGUUCGACGCUUCGGAUGCAGCGAUUGAGGCCAUGAAUGGGCAGUACCUCUGCAACCGCCCUAUCACUGUGUCUUACGCCUUCAAGAAGGACUCUAAGGGCGAGCGCCAUGGCUCAGCAGCUGAACGACUUCUGGCAGCCCAGAACCCACUGUCCCAGGCUGACCGCCCUCAUCAGCUGUUUGCAGAUGCCCCCCCUCCACCCUCUGCCCCCAACCCUGUGGUUUCAUCCCUGGGUUCUGGCCUUCCUCCACCAGGCAUGCCUCCUCCUGGCUCCUUCCCACCCCCAGUGCCGCCUCCUGGAGCCCUUCCUCCUGGGAUACCCCCAGCCAUGCCCCCACCACCUAUGCCACCUGGGGCUGGAGGACAUGGGCCCCCGGCAGCAGGAACUCCAGGAGCUGGGCAUCCUGGUCACGGGCAUUCACAUCCUCACCCAUUCCCACCGGGUGGGAUGCCACAUCCAGGGAUGUCCCAGAUGCAGCUGGCCCACCAUGGCCCCCAUGGCCUAGGACACCCCCAUGCUGGGCCUCCAGGCUCUGGAGGGCAGCCGCCACCCCGGCCACCUCCUGGAAUGCCUCAUCCUGGACCUCCUCCAAUGGGCAUGCCUCCUCGAGGGCCUCCUUUCGGAUCUCCCAUGGGUCAUCCAGGCCCCAUGCCUCCACACGGGAUGCGAGGGCCUCCUCCACUGAUGCCCCCUCAUGGAUACACUGGUCCUCCGAGACCUCCUCCCUAUGGCUACCAGCGGGGGCCCCUCCCUCCACCCAGACCCACCCCACGGCCCCCAGUUCCACCUCGUGGUCCUCUCCGGGGCCCACUUCCUCAGUAAACUUCCAUCCUUUGUCUCCCUCCCGUGCCCCCCCAGUGUCUUCAUUUCUUGGACCAAGCAGAGUUGCUGUAGCUCGUCGGGGCUAAUGUCCUGGCCCUCAGCAGCUCUGUCCCCAUUUCUAUGUCAUUUUUUCCACAGGGGCUUCUCUAUCUUCGUUUUAAAAUGUUGGUCCUAAUUGUUUUACACAUGUAUAGAGAAAAUAAAAUUAUACUUCUUGUUUA